GAGAGAGAGAGAGAGAGACGGAGGCAAUGCUAAUGUGAUAGACACAGAUUGUGUGUGAAGAACGAAAAUGGAUUACGAAAGGAUCGAAAAGAAAGCUCAGCAGGGAAAUGGAGGAGCUGGGUUGUCACCUGCGAAAUUAAGGAAUAUGAUAUUGCGAGUUGAGAAAAAGAGAAAUCAACAAGAAGAAGAAGAAGAAGAAGAGCUCGAGUCCACAUUCUCCUUGAGAUCUCAAGUUUCUGAGAUCUAUGACUAUGGUGGUAGCCCUUCUGAGAAUUGCAAAGAUGUAGAUGUUGUGAGUGUACAUCCCGAAUGCACGACUUCCACUAGAGGUGAUUCAUUGGCCUCAGAGAUGAUUAGAGACCAUAGACUGAAAGAUCACUCUUUAGUCAAUCCAAGAAUUAGAUCUCAAGAUGAAAGUUCAUCAGAUUAUGAGAGUGGCAGUGGCAGUGAUAGUAUGAGUAUAUCAUCAUCGAUGUUUGAGUUUCAGAAGGCGGCGCGCGCCCCACAAAGGGUGCCUGUUGCUCCAUUCUCGAAGCCUGCCCCAUCAAAAUGGGAUGACGCACAAAAGUGGAUAGCAAGCCCGACAAAUAACCUGCCGAAAAAUGGGCACGGUGGUCAUGGGGUUGGACCAAGGAAGAGUAGUAAUUUUUGGCAUGGAAGCCGACAGCCGCCCAUGAAGGUUGUGGUUGAAGUCCUGGAUCAAAAAUUGGUUCCUUAUGAAGAGCCAGAUACCAAGCAGAUUGAUUCCAGCCAAGCUAAGAAGGGAAACGAGGGGCAAAAGUUUGUUAGCUGGGAGGCUGACUCAUACCCAAUUGCUGAUUCCUGUGUUAAUCUGAGCCGUCAUGAUUCCUCUGUUUCUAUCCAUAGUGCAACAACAUUCAUCCCACCACCUUCCACAGCUAGAUCUGUAUCAAUGAGAGAUAUGGGUACCGAAAUGACUCCUAUUGCUAGCCAAGAACCUUCCAGGACUGGAACACCUGUAAGAUCAACAACACCAAUGCGCAGCCCAAAUUCUUCUCGGCCAUCAACUCCAGGAAGAGCUGCACCAGCUUCUUCUCCCAGUGAUCCUCCAAAUGUCCGUUUGGGUUCUGACCAGAAAGAGCUACCUGAAAAAGAAAUACUGAUGAAAACUAGAAAAGAAAUAAUGGUUCUUGGGACUCAGCUGGGUAAGAUGAAUAUUGCUGCAUGGGCCAGCAAAGAAGAGGAGAACAAGGAUGCAUCUAGUUCGUUGACUGCUGUAAAAGCAGAAGAACCCGCUAAAAGUGUCAUUGAGACGCGUGCUGCAGCUUGGGAGGAAGCGGAGAAAGCCAAGUAUCUGGCCAGGUUCAAGCGGGAGGAAAUGAAGAUACAGGCAUGGGAAAAUCACCAAAAAGCAAUUACUGAGGCUGAGAUGAGGAAAAUUGAGGGUUUUGUUGGCAUUUCCGGCUUGACAUGA